UUGAUAUAUUCAAGUGAUUUAACGAUCAUAUAACACGUAAAUUAUAAUAUGACAGUGUAACACUCAUGUAUAUAUAUUUAAUAUUAUAUCAUAUCACUCGAUAUUUCGGUGUCGUCGGAUAACUAUCGUUAAAUUGAGAAGCUAACCCGCGAAAUGUAAAUCAAUUCGAAUUAACCAAGUUUAUUUUUAUUUAAGUUUUAUUAAAAUAACGUAAUAGUUAAAGAAUUUAUCAUUUAUAUUUAUAUAAAUUUUAUUUCAUUCUAAAAAAACUACGGCGUAGAUUGUCCUAAUUCAUAUUCACAUGGCUCAUUAUAAAUUCGCAUGACAAUAUUCGCUCUAACAUUUAAGUUUAAUAUUAGUCCGUUAACGUAAAUUCAACCGGCAAGAGGCAAAGGUGCGUCUAUAUUUGUGUACUAUUUUAUUAACGUCAUUUCAAAUAAUUUUAUUCAGUAACUCUAGAGCUUAUUUUUGACCGAUCACGAAAUUUCCGCCGUAAGAUGGACGAAAAAGAUCUACAGCUUGCUAGAGCAUUAAUCGGCCUGGAUAUUAACGACCAGCCUAAAUCUGUCGUCGGUAAUAUGCAAGACAAGCAGCAAUUAUUCAGGAGAACGCGAAGUCUUAACGCGCCAAGUCCAAUCCAACAAUUCGGGCCAUGUGGUCGGAUAAUGAAGAACUCAGCAAUGGUUAUGACAAUUCAAGACCCCGCAUCGCAGCGACUUACGUGGUACAAACCACCGCUGACAGUUUUGGUGAUUAAGAAAGUCAGAGAUUCUUCGGUUCUUCCGCCAUUUGUUCAAUUGGUCACUUGGUUAAUUGAGCAAAAACGCAUGGUAGUCUACGUGGAAGCGACAGUCCUAGAAGACUUAGCCCUAGCACGAGAUUCACGGUUCCAGGUCGUACGAGACCGACUGCAAACCUUCCGGGACGGAACGGACGAUCUGCAAGACAAAAUCGACUUCAUAGUUUGUCUCGGCGGAGACGGAACACUAUUAUACGCAAGUCUGCUGUUCCAACAGUCGGUACCGCCGGUAAUGGCUUUUCACCUUGGCUCACUGGGUUUCCUCACGCCGUUCGAGUUUGACAACUUCCAAGAACAGGUCACGAACGUACUCGAAGGUCACGCGGCCCUGACAUUAAGGAGCCGGCUGAGAUGCAUAAUAAUGAGGAAAGGCGAAGACGGUCAGCCCUCUAAGCCGCCAACGAACCUCCUGGUGCUCAAUGAGGUCGUGAUUGAUCGCGGACCUUCGCCGUAUUUGUCGAACAUCGAUCUGUUCAUCGACGGCAAGCACGUCACCAAUGUCCAGGGUGACGGCUUGAUCGUCAGCACUCCUACUGGCUCCACCGCUUACGCUGUGGCUGCUGGUGCCAGCAUGAUCCACCCUUCGGUCCCUGCGAUUAUGAUCACGCCGAUAUGUCCUCAUUCUCUUUCCUUCAGACCAAUUGUUGUGCCAGCUGGCGUCGAACUUAAGAUUUCCGUGUCGCCUGAUAGCAGAAAUACUUCCUGGGUGUCUUUUGAUGGAAGAAAUCGGCAAGAACUUUUCCAUGGUGAUAGUUUGAGAGUAACGACAUCUAUCUACCCAGUGCCAAGUAUCUGCGCGUCAGACCAAAUUACCGACUGGUUCGACUCACUGGCUGAAUGCUUACACUGGAACGUCAGAAAACGUCAGAAACACUUGGAUGAACUCAGUGACCUGACCCACUCCUCGAGCAACGAUACUCUGGACUCUUUAGACCGUGACAGUUAAUAAUGACAAGUUCAUAAAAUUAAUAUUAAUAGUACCUUACAUUAAGUUCGCAAUAACAUAAUCUCGUCGAGCCGAUUUUCAUCACACGUUUGAACAAUUAUCAAUCAUUUCAUUAAUCAUUUUUUAGUCUUGUUUUUUUUCUAAUUUUUUUAGCUGUCCGAUUUAUUUUAUAUGGGUCACAUCACUGUUAAUAUCUACAUAUUAUUUUUACUUAUUUAUUGUUUCAUGUUAUGUCUCUCGGAAUUAUAUCGUUUCAUUCUCGAAUAUAUUUAGUUUACUUAAUAAUAAUAAUUAAUAAUUGUUAAAUGAAAAGUAGCAUUUUUUAAAUCGAAUAUUUGUUUAUAUAUAGAUCAGAUAAUUUUUUAAUUAAUAUUAUAAUUAUUGUUAAUAUUACUGUAAGUAUAAAACGAAAGUGUUAAUGUUUAGUGUGUCGAUUUUAAAUAAAAAUAUUUUUUUACUAA